UUGCACCUCUCCGUUUUAGGCAAUUUAAGCUCACCUGGAACACCCAUGGUCAGUGCUCUGCAGCCUGGAGAGUGAAGCAAUCAUGCCUGUUGCAGUGAAAGCCUUGCAGGUUAUUAACCUGGACCUUCAGCGAAGCUCAAAUACUAUUGCACAUAGGACCAAUGAGUUCAUGACUGAAAAGCUUGUUGUAAGGAGAGGUGAGCCAUUCAGCAUGAAAGUCGUGUUCAACAGGGACGUGCAACCUGAAGACAACCUGAUAUGGUGGACUCAGAUAGGCCACUCAAGCUCCAAAAUAAUACUUGGCUCCAGCAAUGAACAAUCUUGGCAUGCUACCUCCAAAACCAACAUUGACCACUCCAUGGUAAUCGCUAUCAAGUCACCGGCUGACGCAGUUAUUGGACGUUACCUUGUGGGUUUUCAGAUCAAGAGUGGGCAGAGUAAUGUAUUCCACAGCAUUGGGGCGUACAUACUGCUUUUCAACCCCUGGUGUUCAGAUGACCCAGUGUACAUGGAGGAUGAUGCUGCAAGGAAGGAAUAUGUUCUCAAUGAGAGUGGAACCUUUUUCGUGGGAAGUGCAAGUGAAAACCCUCCUCAGAGACCCUGGGAUUUUGGCCAGUUUGAAAAAGGCAUUUUGGACAUCUGCUUAAAAAUGCUGGACAGUAGUAAUGAGUACAGAACAAGUGCUGCUAAAGAUCUUUCUCGCAGAGGAGACCCAUCCUAUGUAUCAAGAAUACUAAGUGCUAUGGUUAACAGUCCAGAUGACAAUGGAGUUAUUGUUGGCAAUUGGAGUGGGGAUUAUAGUGGAGGAGAAGAACCCACAAGAUGGAAUGGAAGCGCUUACAUUCUUCGUAAAUGGAAUGAAAGUGGACCUGUCAGAUAUGGACAAUGUUGGGUGUAUGCAGGAGUCCUCUGCACUGUGCUCAGAUGUCUUGGAAUCCCUGCACGUACAAUCUCAAACUUUGCUUCUGCUCAUGACACUGAUGGAAAUCUCAUUGUUGAUCGGUACUUUGAUGAGAAUGGCAGGGAAUUGCGUGAUACAGCUGACAGUAUAUGGAACUUCCAUGUGUGGGAUGAAGGUUGGUUUAUCAGAAAAGAUAUUGGAUCCAAAUAUGAUGGAUGGCAAGUUGUGGAUUCAACUCCACAAGAGAGAAGCAAAGGUUCAUACCGCUUGGGACCAUGCUCUGUGAACGCAGUUAAGGAAGGUGAUGUUGACAAGCCAUACGAUGCUCCUUUUACAUUUUGUGAAGUGAACGGCGAUCUAGUAGACUGGUUAGUUUACUCUAAUAAGCGAAUAAGAAUAAACACACAAACUAGUGCAAUUGGAAAAUUUAUCAGCACCAAGGCCAUCGGUUCAAGUAGACGUGCCGACCUAACCAACAACUAUAAGUAUACUGAAGGAAGCAAGGAAGAGAGGGAGAUUUUCAAUAAGGCAGAGUCCAUCUGUUCAUCUAUGCUGUCCAGAAAUACUAAUAAUGCCAUUAUUUCACUCGUGGCCCUCUCAGUCAACGACACAGAGCCAGAGGCAAAACCAGAUUUUAAGGGUGUUUUUACACACAAUGAACCCCAGAUUGGUCAGGAUGUCACUUACACACUGAUGCUGCAAAGCAUAAGUUCUGAGAAGAUAAGUGUACAACUCAAGAUGACUGCUACAGCAAUUAUAUACACGAAUGCCCAAGUAAAAGAGAUCCUGAGGGAAGUGCAAUCUGUAACCCUGGAACCUAAAGAAGAAAAAAAUAUACCCUUUUUAAUACCAUAUGCUCAGUAUGAAGCUGCCAUAACUACAGAUAAUAUGAUCAAAGCUGUUGCGCUAUGUGAAGAUGAGAAAGGAGGCAAACUACUGGUGGAUUCGGUGAUGAAGCUGAGGUCCCAACCCAUCGUGAUAAAGACAACAGGUGAAGCACGUGUGAGGCAGCCUCUCCAGUUGGAGAUUAUUUUCACCAAUCCCAUUUCCCAGGACAUUGUCAACGCCGUUCUGACAGUGGAAGGCAGCGGGCUGGUAAAAGAGCCUAUCCAUAUUGAAAUACCUUGUCUGAAGAAAAAUCAGCAAUCUGUGACCAAUAUCAACAUCAUCCCUUACCGAGGUGGCCCCAGGUGUGUCGUGGUGGACUUGAGCUCUAAGAAGUUCAGUGACAUUAAGGGGACAUUGACAAUUAAUGUGUCUUCUGCAUAACCUACCAGCUCCACAUUCUUCACAUUCUUCAUCAAAUAAAAUGGAAACAUUUUGCACAAAGAAAA